UGUCUUUCUCGCCUUCUCUGGAGGCUUCUCUGGCUGGCGACUCGCGAUCGCAAUCGCCCUCUGCUUGCGCUCUCCCCCCCCUUUGCCCACUUGGCUUUCGUCAACAGCCUUCGUCGGUCUGCUGGUCUGGAUUGUCUGUCCCCUUCUGCUGAUAUCCCGCAGCGUCUGUCCACGAUGAACCGAGCCCAGCCGCAGCCGCAGCAACAGCAACAGCAGCUGCACCCGCAGCACUAUCAGGGCUACCGCCCCCCUCCCACCGGGUACCAGCAACAGGUCCCGAUGCAACAGCAUCAGCAGCAGCAACAACAGCCUCAACACAGGUUUUCGAUGGAUGAUGCCGAUUCGGUUUCGGACCAGUCCAUAAACGAUCACAUCGAAGAGGCUACGACUCGUCCUCUUCACAGCGAGCCUCAGUACUCCUCCCGAAUGUCUUCCAUCAACGGGUAUGGUAUGGCGGGUACCCCUCAGGCCGCUGGUGCCAGACAAAUGGGCCAUCCGCAGCAGCAGUAUUACCAGCAGCAAAGUCAGUACCCUGCACAGCCCUCGCAGCUGCAAAAUCCUGUUCAGGCGCAAUAUCAGUACCAGCAGCCGCAACAGCCGCAACAGCCACAACAGCUGCAGCACCAACAGCAGCCUCUGCAACAGCAGCCCUUCCAGCACCCAGGCCAGCCCCCGCAGCAGCUUGGUGGUCCAAAGCAGGCCGGCGGCGUUAGCCACCCUGCUCGACAGAACUCGUACCCACCGCCCCAGGCUCAGAAUCCCGGUCCAUUUCGGGGUGCAUCGUAUCCUCCCGUGGUUGGCGCUGGCCAGCCUCCCAGCGGUAUGGGCCAGCCCAUGAACCCACCCGGCAGUGGUGCAUAUGGGGCCGAGGCCAAUCCCCCCACACGAUUCACCUCGCCGGCGCCCCAGAGUGGCUUCGUCGUACCUCCCCGAGGCAUGCAGUCGCAGCAGCCCCGUAAUCUUCCGUCCCAGGAAAACGUUGCCGCCGCCAACACACAGGAGACCAAGAAGAAACGAGGCACUGGUCUCUUCAAUUUUGUUCUCAAGAAGGAUAAAAAGAGCCAGGACAAGAAGCCUGCCAAGCCGGACGAAUCGUCGACCACGACUCGCCAGCCGCCCACUUGGUCGAUGCUGAAAGCAGACUCGCUGUCGCCGACAAACGACAAGCGCUCCUCCACCCAGAUGCUUGCAGAUUUCUUCAACACCGAGGCCCCCAAUCUCGACGAUCCUGUCUUCAAGCGAAAGCCCGACCCGCCCCAACGCCUCUCUGCUCAGCAGCAUGCGUAUCAAUUCCCAUCACGUGAACAAGGCGACCAGGACGGACCUCCGCCAAGAACGCUCUCCAACGGCAACGGCAACGGCAACGGCAACGGCAACGGCAACGGCCAUGCCUACGAACAAGGUCCCGACGACUAUUUCCCUGAAGAUGAAGAAUACUACGAGGACGACGAUGAAGAGUCUGUCAUGGACGGAACCCUCUUGCGCAAUACCCAGCUGAACGCCGAGAUUGAUCCUGGCCAAACUGGCGACUCCCUCCCCAGACCAAACAGACGCAAGAGCAAACUGGUCAAGUUUGCAUCUAUGCAUGAGGAGAUUACAUACGAAGUCGAAGACGACGAAGAUGAGUACGGUGAAUACGACGAAGAGUAUUACGAGGACUACUAUCCCGACGAAGCCGAGCCCUCAGAUCAGGAGCCCGAGCCUUCACCUCAGCCCGAGCCAGAAAAGGCGCCAAUGCAACCUCUGAAGCAGCGCAUGUCCUCCCUGUCGUUCACGCCUGUUGCUGCACAGGUGCCAGGUACUCAAGGCCCGGCUCAGCAACAGCAACAACAGCAGCAGCAACAACAACAGCAGCAGCAGCAGCAGCAGCAGCAGCAGCAGCAGCAGCAGCAGCAGCAGCAACAGCAGUCCACAUCAACCCCUCCUCCUCCUCCUCCUCCGGUUGCUCCUUUGGCUACAACCCCGCCCCGGACUGACAGUAGCACGGCGCCAAGCGAUCGUGCAGUUCCCGUGCCUCUCAACCCACGAACGAUCUCCAAGGCAUCGGCACCAAAGCCCGUGACAGCAGCCGUGGUGUUGGCCACUCCGCCCGUUACAUCCAGCGAGGUGGUGUCAAAGUCGACUGGCACUGAUCCAUAUGAAUCCACAGCAGGCCAGGAUGCCGCCGUCGGGCCAGCCACCACCGCAUCACUGGACUUGCUGCCCGCAGUCGUGCCUUCCGACUUUUCUCUGGAUCUGGGCUCCAGCUUUGGCCUCCAGCCCUCAAGGUCUCCCCAGCCACAACAACCGAACCAAUCUAUCUCAGUUUCCGGCGCGACCACCAUCACCGGUAACAAGCGAAACAGCUCGCUGAAUGCUGGCGGCCAAGCUGGCGGCAACUUGCUCUCACCACCCGGAACUCCGGUGGAGCGCAACAGCCUCCAGGUCUCUGGUGACCGGACAAGUUUCCUGCUGAUUCCCGGUGACCGCACUAGUAUCAACGGCAUCGCAGCCUUGUCCAACGUUGAUGCGCCCAAGCCACGCCGCAAGGUCCGUCACGUCCAGAUUCAGACUCGAGGCGCCACACUGAAGGAGGCCGAGUGUCAAACAUCACCGACCGGGCCAAGUGAAGAGGAGCUAGCGAGGGUACGCGAAGAACAAGAGGCGGCCACAGCUGCUGCGGUCGAUACGAUUGAGUCGCUCGCCGCCCAGCUGGAAGAUGAGCGUAUGCGGUGCAAGCAUCUGGAGGACGAGCGUGACGAUUUGAUUCAGCAUCGCCAAGAGCUUCAGGCGGAGCGGAUUGAGAUCCUCUCCCAGAAAGAUGAUCUUCAGUCGCAAAACAACGAUCUCGAGCAGCAAAACCUGGACCUGAUCCGCAAGAAUCAGGAGCUUCAAAAACAGAGCGAACAGCACCAGCAGACGCUAGCCGCCAUGGCUGAGGAUUUCACCAAUCUGUCGCGCGAGCUGGAGGCUCUUCGACAAGAGAAAGAGGAGAUGAUUGCCGCAAACGAGGUCAACAAAAGCAAGUUCGAUCGCCUCUCGGCCCAGGCUUUCAAAAAGAUCAAAGAAUUGCUCGCGGAGAAGCAAAUGUACGAAAUCGAGAUCACGAGUCUCCGAGAACAGGUCGAGAUGUUGGACCAGGCCCACAACCAGCUGCUGGAUUACGGUGAAGACGAGCUUCCUGAAGAUGGCAACGGUUACAGCGGCCAGUACGAUCAGUCGCUGUAUGACCAGCAGUACGACCAGCAGUACGAUCAGCAGUACGAUCCGCAGUAUGAUCAGCAAUACGGCGGCCCGCACGACCACCCGGGGCAGUAUCAGCAACACUAUGAGCAGCCGCCACAACAUCACCCCGAUCAUCCAGCAGCCGCCCAGUCGUGAAGUGCCGAUCGGCGCGGCCAAGGUCGACCCAAGUUGACUCAGAAAGCAUCCUGUAAAGUCGCAGCAGCAUGUCCAGCGACGGAACUUUUGCGGCGGCUCUGCCUUCAUCCCUCUCGACGCGACCUCUUGAUUGAUAUGACGUCAUA